AUGGACACUGAACAGGGCCUUAAGAACUACACGAAGCCCUCCCCUCAGGACGAGACAGCCAUGCCUUCUCUGACGACAAUUCCUACAUCCGUCACCCUGUCCGCUGAGCAGUUCGAAAAGCUGUACCUGAGCCCCCUGACCCAGCGGCAGGGCAUGCUCUCGAAACAGAUGGGCAAUCCUACCCCUUUGGCCCUCGGCGGAUUUGUUAUCACCACUACCCCGUUGUCCUGCUGCCUCAUGGGAUGGAGAGGUGCUACUGGAGCGGGUAUUGCGUUCACUGGCCCAAUUAUCUUCCUCGGGGGCGGACUGCUCGUCUUGACCAGUAUCCUGGAGUUUAUCCUCGGCAACACCUUUCCCUGCGUUGUAUUCGGCACAAUCGGCGCAUUCUGGUUCGCCUUCGGCUGCACUAUGACUCCCGCCUUCAAUGCCGCAGAACCAGCCUUCCUCUUCAUCUGGAUGGGCGUUUUAAUGCUCAUCUUUUUGAUCUGCGCGACCCGCACAAACGCAGUCUACGUCGCUAUCUUCACGACGCUCACGCUCGUCUUCAUCUUUUUGACUGGGGCAUACUGGCGUCUGGCGGUUGCGGAUGCCCUCGUCGGUAAUCGGUUGAUAGUGGCGGCCGGUGCGUCCCUGUUCGUGGCGAGCAUGCUGGGUUUCUAUCUCCUCGUGGCGCAGUUGUUUGAUUCGGUGGGGUUACCUGUCCGUUUGCCUGUCGGGGACUUGAGUAGGCUCUGGGAUCGGCGUGCGAGUGGUGGGCAGGAUCCGGAGUAUGGGGCUGGUGCUGGGGAGAAGUAG